UUUCUGCAGGGAUCACACCCCUCCUCAACAAUCCUUCUGUACUCGUCUGUUGCCGGACAGAAAAGCUUCAUUAAAAAUGAAAUUCAUCCUGCUUGCUGCCUGCAUCCUUGGGGUGGCUGUCUCUGCCCCAUCGCAGAUAUUCAUGGAGUUUGACAUCCGUCACGCUCCGGCUGAGGCAGCCCAGGCUAUCCCUGUUGGAGUCCCACGUAAAAGUCUGGAUGUUCUGCUCCCGGUUGGUGCCCAGAGGCAGCCUGUUGGAGGACCUGUCCGUGGAUUUAUCAAGCAGGAGAUCCUCGAGCCAAACGGUAGAGACACCAAGGAUGUGUAUUACCCUUUUGGUUUUGAUACUGCUGUAGCAUCCCCUGUUAAUGCUGCCAACCCUGCUGCUCCUGCAGCUCCUGCAGCUCCAGUAGCUCCUGUUGCUCCAGCAGCUCCUGUUGCUCCUGCAGCUCCUGUAGCUCCUGUUGCUCCUGCAGCUCCUGUUGCUCCUGCAGCUUCAGCAGCUCCUGCUGCUUCAGCUGCCGCUGUUGUACACAUCCUUGGUGCUAGUGCCCCUGUUGCCAGACCCAGCGGAGAUGAUGGCGAUGAUGAUGAAGAUGACUAAACAAACAACAUCUGAGUCAGCAGGAUAGGAAUAGGUGCCCAAUGCAGUAAGACCAGCAGCCUACCCCAGGGAAAGAUGACCAUCCAACACUGCUGUUUCCCAAUAUCUGAAAAUAUAGUAAAAUGCUUUUGAAAAGAAAAUGGUGGUAUGUUUUCUUAUAAAAUAAAUGGUGCUCUGCAGAUGGGGCAAUGCUUUUCUGUGGGGAGAAAAGUAGCAAAAGAGUUAUGUCAUAAAAUAAACUUAGGUGCUGCUCUGCAA